AUGGAAAAGACAGAAGCUGACUUUACAAUGACAUUUCGGCAGCUCAGUGAGAUCACUCAAAGCCAAUUACAGGAACUAGUCAUUCCUCAGGAAUUCUGGGCACUGAAAAUGAUCUCAAAGCACAAACUCUUUCCUGCCUGGGUGUCCCAGUACCUUUCGAGACUGAAGAGUAACAUCAAUGAUUCAGAUUCUGAAAGAAGAAAAAGAAUGACAGCUGUUAAUCCUAGAUACAUGCUGAAGAACUGGAUGGCAGAAUCUGCAGUGCAAAAAGCAGAAAGGAACGAUUUUUCAGAGGUCCACCUCCUCCAGCAAGUUCUCUGCCAUCCUUUCCAGAAGCAUUCUGCAGCUGAGAGAGCAGGCUAUUCCUCCCCAACUCCUUCCUGGGCCAGAGGCCUCAGGGUUAGCUGCUCAUCUUAA